GCGCUCAUAACAGUGUUCUGUGCAUGUGUCUGUGAGAGAUCAUUAUCAGAAACUGCUGCAGGACUAGCCAGAGACCGAGCGAGAAGCAAAUACUCUCAACUCUGAUUGAGCAUAGCUCAGAGGAAAAUAACUGAAGAAGACCGUCUUUGCAUCGAUGUAAAUCAUCUCUCCAGUGAAUCGUAGGGACAGUGUGGUUUAGUUUCAAUUCCGAAUUUAGUCAGGAUAGUAAUACGUUUUUCUUUUCAUUCUUUUCACUGCAGUAAAGAAAAAAGCUUGAUCGCCCCCCACCCCCCCGCUCCAAGUCUAGAAUUUGAGAGGGAAGCUAUGCAAUGCAGGUCUCCGAUUGACCAGCAACACGGCAGGAGGGAUAUUUUUUGCAUCCAAGCUGGAAAGCUCACCAGAGAGCUAACUACGUCUUUUAUCUUUGUUUUAACUAGUAGAGUCGGGGAAGCAGUUGGCUGGUUUGGGUAUUGAUAUAUUUAUCGAUUUUAUAUAUUCUUAUUAUUUUGUACGUUUUUAUUAACUCAGCCUUCAGUUAGACGCCAUUUUCGUCUUAUUUUUUUCCUUUUUUGAGCCUCGUUCCGUUUGACAGAUCGCCGGAGGAUGUCAUUUCAGCUGGUAAUCGUAUAAGUGUAUCUAACUGGAUUUUGAAUAAUAAAGACGAAAUCGUAACUAAGAAAAAUAAAAUAAAAUAACAAUUGAACAACACAGCAUUGGACAUGGUUUCACCUUGGAAGACUUGCCUUCUUGUGGGAUUUAUAGGCUUUCUGGAGCAAUAGCAACGUGGGACAUCUGAGCCUUCAUUAACUGGGGUCGCUGAGCGGUUGACUUGACAGGUUCACUCCUGCUUUCCAGUUAGCUGCUGGUUUUGCGUGUCCCCCAAAAAGAGCUUUGGGAGCCUCAGCAUGGAGCAGAGAGAACUCUCCGGCCCGGCCCGGCCCAAGGGGGGCGAGGCCGAGUUCUACACCCCCGGGAGCACCAUCAAUCGGGCCGACCUGACGGAGGUGGUGGGGGGUCUGCUGCCUGUCCCGGUGAAGGGCCUCUCCAUGGCGGGGGAGCGGCUGGACCCCGAGGAAGAGGACGACCUGGGGCUGGGCAGGGACGUGGACGACAACUCGAACCCGGACAGCGAGAAGUGGGUGCAGGGGGACGGCCUGGAGGAGCAGGAGUUCUCCAUUAAGGAGGCCAGCUUCUCGGAGGGAAGCCUCAAGCUGAAGAUCCAGACCACCAAGAGGGCCAAGAAACCCCCCAAGAGCCUGGAGAACUACAUCUGCCCUCCGGAGAUCCGCAUCACCAUCAAACAGCCCGGAGAGCAGAAGGGGGCCAAGCAGGGCAAGAGCUCCAGGGGGGCCAAGGAGGAGGACAAGGGCCCUCCCAGAAGGAAGACAUAUGAAAAAUGUUUCAAGUCUACUGAACAAGAUGGAAGUGAUCCGGUGAACUUCCUGGGAGAAUCCAUGAAACCAAAGCAUCCACCCAAAACCACCCUGAAGCACCAACUGGAUUGGACGAAGCCUCCGUCAGGGGGGUCUUCAUCCCAAGGAACCAUGGUGGAUUCUGAACCAAGGAAAGAAUCUGCAAGCAUUAAUAAGAGCUCUCUUCCUGAUUUGACAAGCACCCACACCAAAACUCAGCCGAAAAAGGUCCCAGAGAGCCCGUCUCUGAUUCACUUCACCCCUGGAAUGUCCAGCCAAAUCACCGGCUCACUACUUCAACCUUCUCCUGCCGCUAAUGUACCACUGACGACGCAGCCGGACGGUGGUCAGAUGAUGGUCACAUCUUUGAGCAAAGAUAGAUGUUUGCAGGAAGUUGCGGAGCAAGUGUUUGGGCACAUCAAGAGGAAGUAUGGCAGGAAAGACUCUAUGAGGAGCCUGAUCGCUCAUGGCUCAGAUCACCAAUGGGGCAAAAAGCCAGAGAUAGACUUUGAACCCAAAACACAGGACAGUGCUAAAGAGAAGCACACGCGUGAGCCUGAGAAGGUGACGGAGCCGACGGAUGCGGAGGUUGACAGUACUGGGAAGACUGCAGAAGGAGAGGGCGAGAUUCUGCCAGGAUCCCUUCCUCUGCUGAUGGAUGAAUCUAAAGUGCACCCUGGGAGAAAGAGAAGAUAUCAACGAUCAUUAAAAGACCAAAUGCCUUUGGAGGAUUUAACAGAGGAGACACUGACCUCUGAAAUCACUGAAAAGACGGAAAGAGGUUAUACAGAACCAAAAGCGCCCAGCAAAAUCGAAUCAAGGGUAGCAAAAUCAGUGGCAGAGAGACAGCCUGAGGUCGAGAAAGUGGUAUCAGUAACUUCGGGCGAUCUGGCUGGGAUCUGUCCGAACAGGCCGAGGAAGAACCCUGUGGGAAGACCCAGAACAGUAGUUAAUCCAAGCAAACAAGAGGCCGUGAAACAGCAGAAGAGUAAGGGGAGGUGGUCAUAUCUGAAGUCCAAAACUUCCUGUCACCAGAAAGACAACAGUGGUCCAACAUCAGCUGUCCUAGAGCCUCCUUCAGCCUAUCCCAUCACACCGUCCAGCCCACUCUACACCAACACUGAUAGCUUGACGGUCAUCACCCCUGUCAAAAAGAAGCGUGGACGGCCCAAAAAGCAACCUCUGCUUACAGUUGAAACCAUUCAUGAGGGAACGUCUACCAGUCCUGUGAGCCCGAUUGCCAGAGAGUCAUCUGGCACUGUGAAGAAAUGGAGGAAGAGGCGCAAUUUAGCUAAAUUGGUACAAAUGACUACAAUCAAUGCACCCCCAACUAAACAACUGAAGCUCAAUAAAAAGACAGGCUAUGCCAAUGUCCUUGACAAGAAGACCAUUCAGACGGUCAACAAAAUGAAAUUGGUUACGAUGCAGAACAUCUUGAAUGAAAUUUUGUCAUGUUCUUCUAAAAGCAAUCUAGGACUAAAAUCUAUGGCCCCUAUGUCAACUGCGGUUUCAACUAUGGCAUCAACGAUUGAGGCCCGGCUGGGCAAACAGAUCAAUGUCAGUAAGAGGGGGACAAUAUACAUCGGCAAGAAGAGGGGCAGAAAGCCAAGAGCUGAUAUGAAGGUCCAGCAAGAUGAGCACAAAGCCAGUGAUAAGCACCCCGUGCCUGUUUCUAGCCAGUAUGAGAACCUCGUAGUGCCUUCUAAUCCACCAACUACAGCCGCGAUGCCUUCUCCCAGGGCUAUGCAGCCGCUCUCUGUCCAAGCUGCCGGAGCUGGUGGGAUACUAUGCCCUGCCACAGCAGAUACCAGCCUGCAGGACCUGAAGACCAUGCCAAAUCUGCAACCGAUCAGUGCGUUGCCCACAAAAGCUCCCAAGGGCUUGCAUAGCAGCAACUGGAAGCUCUCUCCUCCACGGCUCAUGGCCAACUCGCCUUCUCAUCUCUCUGAGGUGGCCUCUCUCAAAGAGGUCACCUUGUCCCCCGUCAGUGAGUCCCACAGUGAAGAAACAAUCCCGAGUGACAGUGGGAUCGGCACGGACAACAACAGCACAUCCGACCAAGCUGAGAAAGGCCCAGCAUCCCGUAGGAGGUACUCUUUUGACUUCUGCAGCCUGGACGCCUCUGAAGUCGCUGCAUUGGAGGCUAACAACAAAGCCAUGAGGGGGCACUGCCCAAAGCAUGUCACCACAGUGGCUGUAGAGAAUUUCCUUGCCCAGGAGAGCUUGAAGAAGCAGAAACAUCGACGAAAGCGCAAGGGUCUUCAGAGCCGGGAUGACAUUCAGUUUCUGGCUGACCUUGAGGAGCUUAUUGGAAAGUUCCAGGUCUUCCGAAUCUCUCAUCGCAGCUACAACUUUUACCAUGAGAAUUCGUAUCCAAGCAUCUUCCGGAUCAACUUUGACCACUACUACCCUAUGCCGUACUUUCCUUAUGACCCUCUGCACUAUCUUCGCAGGAAUUCGGAAAUUAAGUCAAAGAGGAGACGCGGUAGGCCGGCCAAAGCCAAUGAGCCAAUGACGAAGAUGCCUUUCAUUCAAGGGUUUGGCUACCCGAUUCCCAGCGGCAAUUACUAUGCACCCUACGCAAUGCCUUAUACGUCGAUGCCUAUUGCCACCAGUAUGAUGAACUUGGGCUAUUAUGGCCAGUAUCCAGCGCCUGUGUACUUGGGUCACCAUGCCGUUGGGUCCACGAGUUCUCCAUUCAUGAGGCCAGCAGUCCCGCCACCCCAGUUCCAUUCUGGUGCGCACGUGAAGUUGGCUGCUGCCGCCGCCAAACACAAGACCAAGCAUGGUUCCCACCAGACGCCCUCGGCUGGAAUGGAUAAUGGCGAGCCCACGUUAGUAUCUCUCAAAGGUGGCACCAGCAGCUUGCCAAGUGUUCGGCUCCACAAGCGCAAACACAAACACAAGCACAAACACAAGGAGGAUCAGCUCUCCAAUUCCCAGAGGGAAGACUUGGGUGGGCUUUUCAGCGGGGCGAAAAAACCCACCAUGCUGAGCCUUCUGAGUGAACGGCAGGAGAUACCAGACAAAGAACCCUCCUUGACUAAGCUGAAAGACAAGCAACGGAAUCAACAAAGCACAGACAUGCUGUCGAGAAGCUCGAGGAACAUCUUUGAGGUGGACACCCUCUCCACAUUGUCCCUGUCUGACCCGCAGCAGUGCAAGCGCACCCGUGAGCUCGGAGAUGCGAUGGGUGACCUCCACGCCGCCUGCACUCGCCGACACUCUGAAACCCUGCGGUCCCGACAGGAGUUGUCGCCAGAGCUGUUCGGGGGGAUGCAGUCUCCUCGAGAGGAGGAAUCUAGCGGACGUGGCAGAAGACGGAGCUUGGAGAGCUUUGGGAUGUACAGGGAACAAAACGUGGUGCCAUUUGGAAACGUCCGAAGGGAGACGGCACAGCAGAUAUUCCAUUGCCCAAGUCCCUCAGUGGCAGAACAUAAUCCCCUGAAAAAGAGGUUCAAGAGGAAAGAGAUCGAGGAGAUCCAGUGCGAAGUGCGCAAGAUGUGCACUUUCUCCAAGAUCCUCUCCACCAAGAAGAACCUAGAUCACGUCAACAAAAUCCUGAAAGUCAAGAGGCUCCAAAGGCAGGCCAAGACCGGCAACAACAUCGUGAAGCGGAGGAGGGGGCGGCCCAGGAAGCAGCCCCUGCCCCCGGACGAGGAGCUGGCGGGCCAGAUGCCCGUGCUGGAGAGGUGCGUGGACCUCCCCGGCAAGAGGAUCCUUCGCGCGGGACUGGCGCCCGAGCCGCUGGAGUUCUCCAACCUGGACUCCAUUGCGGACACCAUCGAAUCGGUGGUCCACAUGGCCCGGUCGCAGCCCAAGCAGCCUCCGGCGCUCGCCGGCAGGCGCUGGACCAAGUCGGCGGUGGAGGAGGAGGAGGAGGUCCGAGCCAAGCGGCCGAGGAGGUGUCAGGGAAGCAAGACGGAAGAGGCCGGCGUUCCCGGGAGAAGGCCUGGCAGCUCGAGCCUUUCACCGGCCAAUUACUGAGCGGCGCGCUUGGCGCCCUCAAUCCUCCUUGCACUUUGGCCUUUGAUGUUGUUGUUGUUGUUGUCGUUGUCGUCGUCGUUUUUUUGUUACGUUCGUUCGUUUGUUGUUUUUUCUCUGUUAUUCAGCUAUUUACGGGCAUUCACGGAGGAUUCGGAUGGAGAAUGUGGACAUCGUUUCCGAGCUGCCGUUUCGUACCGAACGUACUUGGCGUACCGUGCACUUCCGAUGCAGCUCUUUUUAUGUCUGUGUGGAACUGGCAUCCGGCAAAGCUCCGCUUUGCUUCUAACUGUCUUCUUCAUUCACGAUUUCUCAUAACUUUGGCUCUGCCAUACCUUUACCAGCAAGUAUUGAAAGGAUUUAUUUGCUCAUACUGUGGUUGUUUUGCCUUGGAUUUCUAACCUUGUCAAAGCACAGUGAUAUUAAGUGCAUUGACUGAUUUUUAUUUCACACCAGUAACCCUGCCCUCCUGCUCACGAUUUGUCUGAGCUUGGGUAGGUGGCAAUACUUUGGAAUAAGACCUUUUUUGGAUGCUGUCUCCAAAAGGCCUAACUGUACAUAGGAACAUAAUCUUCAUACAAUACAUGCCUUUUCUCUGUACAACAUGUUUCAGAAAGUAUUUUUGACGUACUGAUUUAAAUCGUGAAGUGUUGUACCCUAGAAAAUGAAAGUUGGGUAUUAUUUUAACCAAAAAUUUUAAAUGGGUGUGACUCGAGACAAGUUUGUUUUCAGAUGAAAGAAUCCAUAUUCAGUCAUUCAUUCACUCAUGUAUUCACCCAUUGAUGUGAAGCAGGUACACCACAUAAGUGGAAGUAUCAGGCUUGUUAAAAAAAGUAUCAGAAAUAUCACCUGCUUAAAAUGUAGUUUUGUUUUUUUUGUAUUUAGAUUUAUUGUAUUUGCCUCCACUUAAAAUUCAACUAAAUUAAUCAAUUUCAGCACUUACAGAGGUAAUCAGGCCUCCACUAUCUUGGCUAUCAAUAUUACAUACUGUUACUGAUACCAGUUCAUAGACAAACUCUACAUUUAUAGCCCUUUUAUAAAAUUAUUAAUCUCCGUAACUGAAAUGAAAAGGACAGAAUACAAAAUGGGGGGGGGGGGGGGGGAAUACUUACAGGUUACCGUCCUUCACCGCAGUCUUUUGUUUUUCAGGAAGUCAGAAACCAUGCAGACAGGGAAAAAAUGAAAUGAGAUUAGCUUUUCUAGCCCCAGCUUUGAAACAGAUCCAGAAAUGUAGGUUUGGUGAGAAAUCUGAGUUGUAGGACAGUAUCAACAGUACAUCUGCCGAGCAAUUUAGAAAAAGAUGAGCUCUUAGAGAAGUUUGGCCUUUGCAUGCUUUCUAUAGCCUACCAGUUUGCCUGUGUUGAAUUCUGCCUCCGGAACAAAGUAAUUGUACAUGAAUAAAUUAUGUACAAAACUAUGUGUUUAAAUCUAUAAACCAAAGUUUUGAAGAUGUAUCUUUCGGAAGGUUAACAACCUUCAGUCUUUUUCUCAGUAUGGUCUCACCCAGUAGGCAUUACGAGUUUGUAAAUAAACUCACCAGGGUUCAAGGGCAAUAGUUACUGCUUAAGGAACCAGAUGAAUAAACAUGAUGAUUCAUUUUUUUUUUUUUAACUUCAUGUUGUGUAGAAAUACCAUUGAAAGGACAUCACAUUGUAGUACUUCCCUGAUACUUCCUUCACCCAUCUCAUAACAGUUUUGGAAAGCAUGCUAUUCCAAGUCCAUUUUUGCUAUCACUGCUGUUGGUUUUGAUGGGAGUAGAGCAGGAAAAGUAACAAUCAAUCCAUCUUUGCUCCAUUUGGAAAAUCCUGUCAGUACAUUCCCUGGUAUCUCUUCUUUGAUGAGACUGUUCAAGAGUCUCUUAGCCGUUACGCACGUGCCUUAUGUUUGUUUCCUAAUGCAUAACAUUUUAUUUUGGAGGAAUUCAGCUUUUAGAAAGAGAAACAUCCUGUAAUUUGUGCCGUUGUUAUUGUGCGUUCAGCUUGACCUAGCUCUCAGAACAUCAAUGCAAGUCCUGUUCCCAGUGACCAAAAGACAAAUUCAUGUCUGCAGGACACGUCUGUUCUGGAAGUAAAGUACUAAAGCAGUCCAGUUAUAGCAAAUCGCUGGACUGAUCAAAUGAUCAUUGGAGGUGUUGCAAAAUGACAGUGCACUAUGGCAUUCUGGGACAGGCAGCGUGCACCCUUGCCCCGUACAACGUAAAGCACUCCCCUCCGCUCUCCCCUUGUGAUUGUUGUCGAUCGUGGGCUGUUUUGUUUUGUGGCGUUCUCACUUCCUCGUUUGCUAUGCAUCAGGUUUAUACCAGCAAACGCGAUGGGCGGACAGAUUUUCCAAAACCUUUUUGGGUCAAUCCAUGAUAGCUUUCUGUUUUGGGUCCACCCUUUGACAAAGAUAAUUAAGUGGUCUUAUUUAACUUAAAAUGUAAUUAGAAGAAUUAUAAUUUGAAUUGAUAAUAUUAAUAACGAUUUGUAAAUUGUGCAAAAGGUGACUAUCAUUGCAGCUGUUGUUACUGCAAAGAACCGGAAUGUUCUGUCUUUCUGCAGUGGAGCCUUAAUCUGAAUUUCAAUUCAACUAUAAGUCAAUUGUAAAUAGUGUAAAAAGCAUACUGAUCUCACUGCAUGGAUGCAAGCUUUGCUUAACUUAAACGUGGGACUGUUCAGCCGUCAAGAUGUCGGAACUGAGGCCCGCGCGGGGCUUUCACGCCUGAAAUAUCGUUCAGAGCUGAGUGCUGUCGAGACUGAAGUCAACUCGUGCCGUUUCUCAGCCAAGAAAAACACGUUGCAUUGGCUAACAGCUAUUCCCUACAGUCUGUAGUACAAAAACAGAGUAUGCAGGCCUAACUUGGUUUGGGAGUGGCUUUGAAUACCCCUGGAAAACAUUGCCAAAAAUGAAGAAUUAUGUCCAUUAAACAGUAUUUAAUCUAGAGCCAUUCAAAGUUCAGUUUGAAAGAAGCCGAAUCUGAAUGUCAUUUUUAACCAAAAUAUAACUUACAAAAUGAUGAUGAUGAUUUAUGUACCAUUGUUGUUUAUUGUCAUUCAGGAUUUUGAAUAGGGAAUGGAGGUAUGUGGGGGGGGGGGGGGGGUUGGUAAAUAGGCUAGUCUAAUCACAAAAAGAGCAUUCUUCUUAAGCAGCUAGUUAUUGUCGAAGUUUAAAUACCAGAUAAUAUUUUACUCUACCAGCCGAUGUUCCGGUGCCUUCUAAAGCUGAAUAGUAUUCUCUUUAUCUGGUACUUAAACUUGAACAAGUAAAGGUAAUAGUGAUUUCAUGUAAAGUACUCCACAUAUGCAUUUAAGAAGUCAAUUGAUAUGUCUGUGUGUAAUUGAAUAAAUUGGCACUACAAAACUCAAUUCAGACUGUGAAACACUAAGGCUAGAAGUUGUUAAAAAAUUUGUUAUGCUCACAUGAACACAGGCUGCAUAAAUCAGAGUUCUUUUUUGUUUGUUUUUUUUUUACUAUAUUGUUGUUUAAAAAUAAAGUGCAAAUUAAGUAUUGAGAAAAUAAAUGAAUGGAACAGUGUACUUUGCAAGAGCACAAAUUGAGCUCUAAACUGUGUUGGCAUAUUUUAGUUUGUAUACAUAGUGUUUUUAACUGCUUUUUAAUAGAGUGGAUUUUUUUCUCCUUUAUUUGCAUGUUCGACUUGAUUGUAUGCAUACAUAUUUUAGACAAACAGAAAGUUAUUUCAAUUUUAAUUAAAUUGGGAGGAAAAACUUGUACAUUGUUUGAUAUGUUUUGUAAUGGAUUUCUAAUUCAUGAAGCAUUUUUGUACAUUGUAUGAAUAUUAAACAGCAAAUAUUUGGCAUAUAUACACAUAUGUGUGUACAUAUGCAUAUAUCCACACAAAUAUAUAUAUAAAAUGUAUGUUUGCACACACAUACAUUAUGUAUAUGUGUGCAUGUAUGUAUAUGCUCGCAUGCUUUUGGUCAUGUUUGUUCAUGAUCUAGGUGUUAUUAUUUUUUUGUUUGUUUUUUUGUUUUGUUUUUUUGCUUUUGUUUAUUUUCCCUUUUUUCUUAAAGAAAAGCUCGUCUUUUUGCUGCCAUUUCCUGGUUAGCAGUAUAGAGCACUUAAAAAUUAAAUAAAGUUGAUCUUGUUCAUGUUAUUCAUUGUGUGAAAAUAAAUGAGUUUAUUGAAAGAUAAAAA